AAAACAAAACUACAUAUGGGAGGACAAUUGAAUGUUUAUUGUGUUAUUGAUUUAAAAAUGAAAUACUUAUCGCUUAAUUGGACGAUAAUGGGGCAUUAAUGUGCUGCUGCUGGUGUUAAGCAGCUCUUUGUUUUUCUCCGAGCUCGUCGAUCGGACGAGGCUCGUGCCGUGACGUCACCGACACCCUUUCCGAGGGUCGGAUUAAAGAUGGCGCCCUCUCAGGCGGUAAGAUGCUGUCAACGGGGCUUAUCCUGGAUACCUGUGAUUUUUAUCAACCUGGUCGUGUGCUGGUCCUACUACGCUUACGUGGUGGAGCUCUGUAUAUAUACAAUCACUAACACAGAGGAGCAAGUUUUUUAUCUGAUAGUGUUUCACCUCUGUUUCUUCAUGUUCAUAUGGUCCUACUGGAAGACCAUCAUUUCCAAACCUGCCAUCCCCUCAAAAGAGUUCUGUCUCCCUAAGGCUGAGAAAGAGCUGUAUGAGAAAGAGGAGAGACCAGAGGCCCAACAGGAAAUCCUGAAAAGAGUGGCCAGAGAUUUACCCGUAUAUACACGCACAGGAUCUGGGGCUAUCCGUUACUGUGAUCGCUGUCAGCUGAUCAAACCAGACAGAUGUCAUCACUGCUCUACCUGCGACAAAUGUGUGCUGAAAAUGGAUCACCACUGUCCAUGGGUUAAUAACUGUGUUGGAUUCUCCAACUACAAGUUCUUUGUGCUGUUCCUGGCAUACUCUAUGCUGUACUGCGUCUACAUCGCCGCCACAGUUUUGCAGUACUUUAUCCAGUUCUGGACACUUUGCAGACGGAGGGCUAUAGAGCAUUGCCCGGAGAAUCAUCUGCCAGACACUCAUGCAAAGUUCCAUGUGUUGUUCCUGUUCUUUGUGGCGGCCAUGUUCUUCAUCAGUAUCCUGUCACUCUUCAGCUACCAUCUGUGGCUGGUGGGAAAAAACAGAACCACUAUAGAGGCGUUCAGGGCACCGGUGUUCAGAAAUGGUCCAGAUAAAAAUGGCUUCACUCUGGGCUUCCGUAAGAAUAUCACCCAGGUGUUUGGGGACCAGAAGCUAUGUUGGUGCAUACCCAUUUACAGCAGUUUAGGCGAUGGCUACACAUUCCCUACUCGCCUAGUCAACGUUGACUCAGAGCAAGGCAAUGUUGAACACCAGGCCAUUAAAUGCACUGUUGAUGGACAGACAAACCCCAGACCUCUGAGUGAGUCACAGAAUCAUCUCCUUGGCAACGAUACGCACUCCGAGGAGCAGAAAGACGGCAGUCCUGCAAACAUAGAGGUAUGUCAGCCUGUUUCUGUUACCAUGGAGAAUGAGUCCUAAUCAGGACCAUGGAAUGGCACCAGGAUUAUUUUUCCUCUCUUAAGGAUCCUCUUGUUCUAAGACCUCGUGUGAAAGACCGCAUAGCCCUCAGAUAUAAUGCCUUAAGGUUAGCAGCAUCAUCUUCUCAUCUCUAU